UGAAAAGGUUCGCUUUGAAUUGCACUGGCGGAGUUCAAAGUAGACUUCUGAUAUUAUUAUUAUAUUUAGGUAAUAAUAAUAAUAUUAUUAAUAAUAAUAGGAGGAGGAGGCGGCUGUUGUUUCUCGGGCGAUACUAAAAAAACGUGUUUACAUAGUAGUUACAUAUAAAACAAGAAGACUCCAAGAGAUGUUUACGGAUCACAGCCUAGCGCGUAAUAACGCAGGAGCGUUUGGUCAAUGGUAAACAAUAGCGAAUCGAACGUUCUUGUUAUUAUGUAACAAGGUGCGAUUGUCACAGGAAAGUUUACCCGAGAGUUCCACAGACUGAAAGGCAAUCCAACGCCGGGCACCAUGUCUGAACGCAAGAAGAGAGGCAGCAGCGACGCUGAUUCCCGCAGAGGAGUAGCUAUCAUCUCUCCACCUAAAAGAAGAUCCCAGAGAAAAUCUGCUUCAGACAGUCCAAUCCCAGCGCCUAUCAUGAAACGAUCCAUUACUGUCAAGAAAAUAAUGCCCAGAAAAACACUGGCAGCUAUUGCCAAUACAGGAUCUCAGUCCACACCCAAGGUUUCAAAUGUAACAGCAGCUCCAAGGAGAAGUUCACGGAUUUCCCCAAAAAUCCAGAAAGAAAAUGCAUUUUCUGAACAAUCACAGAUGGCUCCCAAAGAUACCAGCCAGUCUUCUGCUCCCGAAAUCGAUGUUCUGUCUCCAAUUCCUGUGAAUAUCCAAUUAUCUCCUAAACUUGAUAACAGAGACAUGAUAAUGUCUCAGAAGGUCCGGCGUUCCUACAGUCGUUUGGAAAUGUCCCUCAAUAGCAGCGCGUUUUUAUACAGCCCUACAAGGAAAACAGACUCCUCUGAUACAUCCACCCCAAAUGCAGUCUUAAAAUCAAGCCGUAUAUCUCUGUUUGGUUUUGAUAAACUGCUGAACUCCGAAAUGCCGGAGGGGGAAUUGAAAAAAAGUAGUGCUGUGACCAGGGAGAAAACUGCUAAUGAGAGAAACUUGCAAACAGUGUUACCUGAAGAACCAGACCACAACAUUCCUGGGGUUGUGCUGGCAAAGCAGAAAAGGAGAAAGCGAAAAGUUCCUGUUCUAGAGAAAUCUGAUGUGGAUGAAUGGGCGGCCGUUAUGAAUGCAGAAUUCGAUGAAGCUGAAAAGUUUGAUCUUACUGUUGAGUGACUGGAACUUUGUGACAAAGUUCUCCUGUGACCAUUUGUUCACAUAUUGACUAUUCAUUCCUUUGGAUUUUGUGUACAUAAUCUGUCUUUCUAAAAAUAUUUAGGAGGGUGUGGGUAUAGCAGACGAGUGAUCUCUUGAUCGACCUUCAGCUCUGUAUGGUUCUCUAUCCAUAGAUAACAAGUGUUCAUGUAGAAAACCAAUAUUGGUUAAACUAGCUGCAAUGCAGAAUGGCUGAUAUUUCCUUGAUUAAUAGUUUAUUACCUGCAUGGAAAAGCCAUAAAUAUUAGGAGAAAAGCCGUCCAUAUUAAGUUACGUGUAUUAUAUAUAAAUAUCUUGUCUAUUUUGUACAUCAAGCCGAAUAAUUGUAUCCUCUGUAUGCGCCUAACCACCGCUCCACCAUUUUAAGCACUUCAAGAAUCAGUUGGGGCUUUAUUAGUCCAAACAUUUAACCUCAGACUUCCACUGUUACGUAGGUACCUCUGUCAUAAGCAUCAAAAUUCAGAGAAUGACUGUGUGCCCAUGUUAUGAGGCUAUCACACAGCAACCCCUGUUCUACUUUCAAAAUCGAAAGGGCCCGGGGGAGAGCGGCCUUACAAUAACCUGUGUUUGUAUCGAAAGAACCGGAAUUUUCUCUUGAUUUGGCUUCAACUAAUAUAUAAAUUGUCCACCCAAAUCAUUGCUAGAGGUGAACAUACAGAUAUGGUGUCUCAAUAAUUAAGUCAUUGGUGCCCAGCCAUUUCCUACAAACAUCCCACAGUCCCACUUGUUAGGAAAUCUGGGCUGGCUAUUGGGCAUCAGCAGACCUGAAAGUGAUAAACAAUCAGCUGAAUGUAGAUCUGGUCAUUCAUGAAUAUAGGCCAGGCACUUAUCCCUUUGUAGCAGGAGAGAGGAGGGUGACAUUUUUUAUUUGGCAAGGCUACCUUUUUAUAAAUGAUAUACAGGUAUGGCAUCCAUUAUACGGAAAAGCUCUGAAUUACGGAAAGGCCAUCUCCCAUUGACUCCAUCAUAAUCAAAUAAUCCAAAUUUUAAACAGUACAUUGUACUUUAUCCAAACUAAGAUAUAAUUAAUCUUUAUUGGAAGCAAAACCAGUUUAUUUAAUGUUUACAUGAUUUUCUAGUAGAUUUAAGACAUGAAUAUCCAAAUUGCAGACUGACCCCUUAUCUGGAAACCCCCACGUCCAGAUUCUGGAUUAACAGAUCCCAUACCUGUACUGUACUUUUGCAUGGUAGUUGUAUUUUUGGGAGGUGGCGGAGGCUAAACCUCAGUAUUCAUUAUUCCCGGUCUAUGUCCGUUGGGCAGUCAGUCAGAUAAUGUGAAAAUUCAAAAGAAAAAGAAACUUAAAAAAAAAUGUUCAGGUGUUAAAUUGCAACACUAUAAUAUUUUUAGAAUCCAUUAUUAUUUUAUUAUCAACCUUUUAGGUUAAAUAGGUUCCAGCUUUGUAGUUUUUUUCCCCCAUUCUUUAAACAAAUUUGCUCCAAGAUGUUGUGCCCCUCCGUUUUUAAACGGGUCUUCAGACUCUGUCUUAUUGAGAUCAAAGCCUUGACAGGGCCAUUAUAUAAAGCUAUUGUUCUGCUGCUGAUAGAGGAACUUUCACCAAAACUUUAGGGUUUUUUUUUUGUAUUUCUCUGUGCUUUGUGCAGCCAACUGUUCUGUUUUAAUAAGAAGGCCCACAGCAUGACACUGCCACCACAGUGCUUCCCUGCUGUUGAGAAGCAUGCUGGUUGUUGGAAACCAUGAAAACAUUUGUAGACUAAGGGGCUGAUUCAUUAAGGGUCAAAUAUCAAGGGUUAAUUAACCCUCUAUAUUCGACUAGGAAUUGAAAUACUUCGAAUAUCGAAGUCGAAGGAUUUAGCGCAAAUACUGCGAUCGUACGAUCGAAGGAUUAUUCCUUCAAUCGAACGAUUAAAUCCUUCGAAUUGAACGAUUUGAAGGAUUUUAAUCCAACGAUCGAAGGAAUAUCCUUCGAUCAAAAAAACUUAGGAAAGCCUAUGGGGACCUUCCCCAUAGGCUAACAUUGACUUCGGUAGCUUUUAGCUGCCAAACUAGGGGGUCGAAGUUUUUUUUAAAGAGACAGUACUUCGACUAUCGAAUAGUCGAACGAUUUUUAGUUCGAAUCCUUUGAUUCGAAGGUCGAAGUAGCCUAUUCGAUGGUCGAAGUAGCCCAAAAAAUUACUUCGAAAUUCAAAGUUUUUUUACUUCGAAUACUUCACUCGAAUUUAGUGAAUCAGCCCCCUAGUGACUAAGAGCAGCCCACAAUAUGUGCAGUGAAUCAACAGAAAAGAAGAUUGGGAGCUAGUGGGGCGUCUUCAGAGGCACAGAUAAAGGACUGGGCUGGCCUUUGGUUGGCCCUGAAACCAAAUGUGAAACAUUUCUACCUGAAUUAUUGUUAAGUUUUAGUUUUUUAAAACUGUUAAAAGUAGUGCUACAGCAAUUCGUAAAAAAAAAAAAAAA